AUGGCCACCGUCGACCGCAACCUCAUCGCUCACCUCGUCCGCGCCAUGCGCUUCCUCUCCGCCGCCCUGGCCGAGACUGGUUUCUUCGAGAUCCACAUCUCCACCCACCACUCUCUCGGCAUCCUCUCCGCCUCUGAGCCUCCAUCCUUCGGCUGCUUCCGUCGGGACUACGACUGUACCAUCUUCGCCUCCAUGCUCGAUUUUUACCAUGGGGCUAAGACCCCCUUCGUCGUGAACACCUAUGCUCACAGGGAGAAUGGAUUUGUUGUUGAACAAGUAUUAGACCCUUCAAUUUUGCUUAAUAGAAGCAGCUUUUUGAUCUGUUUGAAGCUGAUGGAAAUCGAAUUAUGGCUUUCAGUUUGUGGGCUGGAGAUUGUUUGA